CUGAAACGUAGAUUUGGAGAUCCGGUUAUAAACGAGUACCACUGAGGGGAGGGACCUUUCUAGACAGAAGGCGCUUCUCUUUUGGGCGGGUGAGAUUUUAGAAUACUUAAUUGUUCACCUUUGGAAUGAAAAGGAGGAACUGCUAGAAGAAUUUUCCAAACAUAAAUGGGCACUCGUGGUUUCUCUAGACAUUGAAGAUUCUGUCCAACAUGUGGGUCAGUCCUAUUGUGCAACUGUUAUUUCAGCAAAGGGAGAUUUCUGCCGCAAACUUCUCAGUGAUCGGAUGCAGAAAGAAAUUCAGAGCUUGCUGCCCAAGCUGUCUUUAUGUAAAAGGCAGAGUGGAAGAGGGUGUCCUCAUGAAUCCCUGCAUGCCAUGCCAUUUCAUCUCUCCUUUGAGUUCUAUGAGAAGUCUGGAGUUCUCAAGGAGGACUGUUUAGCCAUGAAACAGUUCAUCCACAGGAUCAGCCUUGUGCACACAAUGAUCAAAUUUCAUUACUGUGUAAAAGUGAAUGGCUUGGUUUCUACAGAGACCUAUAGCCCAGAAAGGAGAGACAGCACCUGCUUGCCAGAUGGGACAAGACUACUCAUUGACGGGAGCCAUUUUGUUUGGCCAGUAUCCACAGAAACUAAGAGGCCUUGUGACAAAAUCCAUCCCAUAAGUGGUGAGCCAGUGGGUCUCUUAAUUCCCAGUGAGGCAGCCGAAAGAGGUUUCAGUGGAGAUGUGAAGAUCAUGCCUGUUGUGUCUCUGUGUCCCUGCCAGAAACAGUUCCCCAACCAGCCAGUGAGAAUAGCUGCUCUCUGUAUCCUUUUGUUGUACACCCUGAGGGGGCCCAGUUAA